AUGUAUAUUAAAUUUAUAUUUUUCGCGUGUGUUGCCUUGUGCUUGUGGAAUACGGGCGUUUUGGCGAGAUGUGUUAUGAGAGGCAGUUGUUCGGUUGUUAACGGAUUAGAAAAACCCUGUCCAGUUGACAUAGAACCACCAGCUUUACUAACUUCGUUACCUAAAGAGGAAAGAGAUGAAAUAUUCUCGCUACUGGAGUUGAGAUGUCCUUUUAUCUUGUACGAUGAAUCAGGAAACGUUAAACCGGAUGAAGACAUAUUAAUGUGUUGUGACGCCGAUCAGAUUAGAAGCAUGACGAAUUCUAUGCUACUGGCUGCUGGGGUCCUCGGAAGAUGUCCGACCUGUCUUGGAAACUUUGUGAGACAGAUAUGCGAAAUGAACUGUUCGCCUGAACAGUCACGGUUCAUGAACAUCACGACGAUGGUAAAUCCGGCGGAUAAUAUUACAUAUGUAAACGAGAUUAACUACAGGCUCUUCAAUGAUUUUAUGAUUGAUGCCCACAAAUCAUGUUCUGGAGUAAUCGUGCCGCAAUCCGGUAUUCCUGCUAUUAAUCUAAUGUGUGGGAACGCACCUGUCUGUGACGCUGAUGCUUGGUUUGGAUUCUCAGGAAACCUUUCUGUUAAUCCAAUUGCUCCCGUUCAAGUAAAUUUCCUUCGAUGGCCAACACCUGAAGAUUCUAUGAACGUAAGAGCGCCGUUGUGCAAUGAAACGCUACCUGGAAAUAUCCCGUGCAGUUGUAUAGAUUGUCUUGCCAACUGUGGAAACUUAGAAAUUGAAGUUCCGGACAUUUGUGAAGUGCUAGGCGUCGACUGCGUUGGAUUUUCGGUAGGGUUAACCUUUUUUGUGCUCACUGCAAUAAUUUUCAUUAUUUUAACCCUGCGAGAGUAUAGAAAAUACAGAAGUCAAUCAUCUGAGAGCGAAGACUUGAAAUAUGUGUAUAAAGUCAAUGCGGUAAUCAAAGUAUUUCAAAAUUGUUUCCAAAAAAUUGGUGUAUUCUCAUCAGAUAAUCCUGUUUUGAUGAUACUUUUAACGUCGUGGAUAGCAUUUGGCGUGUCUAUCGGAAUAUCGCAGAUUGUUGUUACUGCAAAUCCUUUAGAGCUCUGGUCUGCACCCGAUUCCCGUAGUCGUCAAGAACUUAAUUAUUUUAACUCCCGUUUCGGUCCAUUUUAUCGCGCCGCUCAAGUUUUCAUGACAUUUAAUGGUCUAGAUCCAUUUACAGUCAAUAACAUUACAUACGGCCCAGCUUUCCGAGUUGAAGCCAUACAAGAAUUAAUUAAACUUGAAAAUGCUAUUAUAAAUAUCGGGAAGGAUGACAAUACAGUCACAUUAACAGACGUAUGUUAUGCACCCACUCGUUAUGCUGGAGUUGAAAAAAGAUUUGAUCAAUGUUUGUCUAUGUCUGUAGCAACUUAUAUUCCCGAUAGAAAUAAUAUCAACAAUGAAACAUAUUUAAACUCUAUACAAGGCUGUAUUAACAAUUACCUUGCACUAAAUUGUUUGGCAGAUUGGGGAGGUGGUGCCGAUCCCGACAUGUCGUUUGGCGGAUUUAGUGGUAAAAAUUACUUAGAUGCUAAAACUUUAAUAAUAAAUUAUCCUGUAGCAAGUCAUUUAAAACAGGAGGAUAUGGUUCCCGUUUUUGAAUGGGAAAAGAAAUUUAUAGAUCUUAUGCAUGAUUAUGAACAAAAUUUGAAACCAGAUUUUGUCGAUAUAGCAUAUGGGGCUGAUAGAUCAAUUGAAGAUGAAAUAGAUAGGGUUUCUAAAGCAGAAAUUGUUCCCAUUGCGAUAAGUUAUAUAAUAAUGUUCAUUUACGUUAUUCUUGCACUGGGAAACGUUACGAGAAUAAAAACUUUCUUUAUUGAAUGCAAAAUCUCCGUCGCUGUCUGUUGUAUCAUUAUAGUUAUUAUUGCUAUAGCUUGCGCAGCGGGUAUAUUAGGUUACACUGGUAUUACAAUAUCUUUGUUAGCUUUAAAUGUCAUUCCGUUUUUCAUUUUGUCCGUUGGUAUAGAUAACGUUUUUCUCAUGGUAAAUGAAUUGCAUUACAUAGAAAGCAAUCUCAAAUCUUUUGAUGAUUACAAGGAAGACUUAAGUUUUAAUAAGAAAAGACGCUACGUUUUUGGUAAAAUGAUGAAAAAUGUGGGACCGUCAAUGUUUGUGUCUUCAUUGACUCAAAUUACUUGUUUUAGUAUCGGCACUAUUUCUAAUUUACCAGCUGUCAGAACAUUUGCCAUAUUUGCAGCAAUUGCUUUAGGAUUCUUGUUUUUGUUUCAAAUAACAAUUGUGGUUGGCAUUUUGUCAAUUGAUUACAAGCGAACUGUUCAAAAUAGAUAUGACAUCUUUUGUUGCAUUCGGAAAAAAGUACUUGAUGAUGAAAAUCCUUUACAAGAUGGUACCCGAAGCCAAGGUAUAAUUCAAAGGUUUAUGGAGCCUUAUGCUAAUUUUAUUUUAAAUUGGCGUGUUAAAAUAAUUGUAGCUCUUCUAUUUAUGGCUAUGGUAGGAGUGAGUGUAAUUCUUAUACCUCAAAUAGAAGUAGGUUUGGAUCAAGAAAUGGCUUUGCCACAAGAUUCUUUUAUGUAUAAAUAUUUACAAGCAGUCAAUAACAUUUUGCCGGGUGGCCCACCAGUAUUUUUUGUUCUUAAAAGUGGUCUCAAUUUUACAAAUCAUGAUCACCAGAAUGUAAUAUGUGGGGGACUUUCAUGCAACGACGAUUCACUUUCAACGCAAAUCUUUGUAGCAUCAAAGAACACGGAAACUACAUACAUUCAAAAGAGUUCAAAUUCAUGGCUGGAUGAUUUUCUCGAGUGGACAACUUUGCCCGGUUCUUGUUGCAAGUAUAAUUCAACAGACGGUGGGUUCUGUUCAAGUAAAGAUGAAUCGCCAGAGUGUGAGUACUGUUCUAUUGGAAGAUCUGAGUAUGGAGGCGGCAUAAGACCAGCAGCAGAAGCUUUCGGAAAGCAUAUUCCAGGAUUCCUCAAAGAUCCACCUGGUGAGAUUUGUUCCAAGGGUGGGUUGGCAAGUUACGGUGGUCAGGUCAAUUACGUAUUAGAUUCACAAGGUCUGGCGACAGUUUAUGAUACCAAAUUCAUGGCAUUCCAUAAAUCAUUGGUAACUUCAAAGGAUUACUUUUUAGCUGUUAAAAACGCAUACGAAAUCUCUGCAAACAUAACUAAAACUAUACAAGCUCGUACGGGAUUAGAUGUAGAAGUAUUUCCAUAUUCAGUAUUCUAUGUCUAUUAUGAACAGUAUUUGACUAUUUGGGAAGAUGCGUUUGCCUCUAUUGGAUUCAGUCUUCUCGGAGCUCUAUUUAUAAAUUUCCUUGUAACUGGUUUUAAUUUCUUAACCACUGGUGCUUUGUUAUUGAAUGUCAUAAUGAUUGUACUUGAAUUGAUGGGUAUAAUGUUCAUAUGGAACAUUCCUUUAAAUGCCGUUUCUACUAUAAACUUAAUUGUGGCUAUUGGUAUCGCUGUUGAGUUCUGUAGCCAUAUGGCGUAUGCGUACGCAACUAGUAAGUGUCCUCCAAAAGAAAAGGUCCACGAUGCAAUCAAAAAGGUUGGUUCUACGAUAAUCACCGGUAUAACUCUAACUAACGUUCCUAUAAUAGUUCUAGCGUUUUCGUAUACAGAAAUUAUUGAAGUUUUCUUCUUUAGAAUGCUGUUCAGUUUGGUGAUUUUAGGAUUUUUACAUGGCAUGGUAUUUUUCCCUGUGUUACUAAGCUUCUUGAAUGAUAUUAAACAUAGAUAG